AUGGAUGAGAAGCAGGUUCUUUUACAGAAGCUAUUGAAGGUGACUUAUCUUUCUGCACAGAAGUUUGGGAAUGCCCUAAGUGAAACACCCUCUGAUAAAAUACACGAGAAAAUAUCCCGUCUUCUGGAAUAUCUGCAGAACAAAGAGGUUGAGUGCCAGAAAAUUGAAGAGGAAAAGAAAAUUGAAGAAAGAAUAGCAAAGGAAAAAAUGAAUAAUGAAAUGAUGGUAGAACUCAUUGAAUUCCUGGGAAAAAGAGGGUUUACAAGAACUGCACAGUCAAUAAAGAACCAAUACCCGAUUAAGAGCCUUAUAGAUAUUGAGCCAUAUAAAGCAGCAAAGGACUCUGUAAAGCAGGCACUUUCAACAAAGUAUCAGCAAAAGGCUGCAUACAGCAAGAACUUCCCAGCUGUAGAUACAGCGCAGAAGUCUGUUCGGAUGACAGUGCUAUGCAGAGAGGUCAUACGCCUAUGCGAGCUAAAGAAUCCAAAUAAAAAGAAAGCAUGCAUGUACAUCAAAAAGCAUAAGGACGAGAUUCCCCAGCAGAUUCUUUCUCUUCUAGUGCUUCCAAAGACAUCAGAUCUCUUUCACAGCAUUGCCAAUAGGUAUAAGGACUGCCAGAUAUCUGCAACACUAAUGAAGACGCUAGUUUAUAAGACUGUCCCGCAGCACAACUACUUUUACCAAAGAGUUGCUCUGGGGAUCUCUGGCUUCAUUACGCCAGUGUGCCGGGAGAGAGAAAAAACAGACUGCCCAGGCUGCUCAAAAAGCAUUGCCAGAAUAGCUGAGUACUGCCCCAAAAGCAUGAGAACCAGUAGCAGGCUUCUAUGCAGUGCAUUUGGUACGUUUAUCCCGACCAACAAUGCUACAUACGUAUGCAAGAAGGGAAAUGUCUUCAGCGAGUGCGCAGUCAAGUCAGAAAGUCAAAGAGUUGACUUGAAGAAGUGCUACUUUGUGUAG